ACUGGCGGGAAGUCAUAGCGGCUUCGGUGACGGGCAGUGUACUGUCUGGAAGUAUCUUUAGUGGCUUAUUAUGUCGUGUAUCAAGAAACUCAAGCAACACCAACAAGUGUUACAAGAAAUGUUCCCGAAGUCUCAUCCUCGUUUUCGGAUUACUUCCUGUACUCUGGAUGAGAUAUCUUGUUCCUUCAUUUGUGAUAAUUCUUCUCUAGAGAUCACAGGUAGUCUUUUGGGCACCUAUCCACAGUCAUCUCCAAUAUGGUUUUCCGAUUCUGAAGAUACAUUUGUAACACAAAUUUUCCGUGAACUUCAAACUGUUGAACCUGACAGCUAUACUAUUGAUCGUCAAAUUAAAAUCCUUGUGAUUGAAUUAUGUCGAUACAAGAAUGUACCCUACCCUCCUGAAGUGAACAAUCUAUGUCCAGAUUUUAAUCCCAAACCACUUCCUGUUGACAGCGUUUCUACUGCCGAACCUCCUGUGUGUUCAGAAAGGAAUAGCGAUGCAGAAGAUACUGGCUUUGAAGAUGAGGAUGUAGUACUAAAUGAUCCAUUUGAAGUUUCUAUUACAGCAGAUGAUCGACCUGAAUAUGAUGGUAUUUCAUCACAAGAUGCUGAGCAAUUGGAAAAACUUAAGGCUACUCAAAUACAGGGCAUUACCAAGGGUUCAAUCCAGUCGUCUGACCGCCUAAUGAAGGAGUUGAGGGAAAUUUAUCGAUCAGAUAGUUAUAAACAAGGUAUUUUCACGGUUGAACUGCAAAAUGACAGUCUUUAUAAUUGGAAGGUAAAAUUGUACAAAGUCGAUAAGGAUAGUGGACUGUAUAAAGAUCUUCAAGAACUCACUAAUCAUCCGAAACUGGAAGAUCAUCUGGGAUUACAAUUCCUAUUCAAGGAAACCUAUCCUUUUGAACCGCCUUUUGUGCGUAUUCUGUAUCCAAUCAUUGAGAAUGGUUAUGUUCUAGCUGGUGGAGCCAUAUGCAUGGAGUUAUUCACUAAACAAGGUUGGUCAAGUGCCUAUGACAUUGAAUCGGCUAUUAUGCAGAUAGCCGCCACUUUGGUCAAGGGUCGGGCUCGCAUAAAUUUCAGUGCAACAGAUGAUCAAUAUUCACUUCGUCGAGCUCAGUUAUCCUAUCGGAGCCUGGUUCAAAUUCAUGAAGAAAGUGGUUGGUACACACCACCGAAAUCGGAUGGUUAAAUUUUUUAUACUUUGAUGUCGACACACAUUUGGCAGAUAACUAUCAACAGUAAAGUAGAAUAACUAAACAAUUCUUUUCACAGAAGGAACCAAAGGAUAUGUUUUACAUUUAUGGGUAUAUAUAUAUAUAUAUAUAUAUAUAUAUAUAUAGUUUUAGUUGCACGUGUCGAGUGCAUGCACACAUAUUCUACAUUUCAGGCUUUUCUUCUGUGUGAAUUACAUCUGUAUAUUAUUAUUUGUAUGCUCAUCUAGUUUUGCGUUUAUUUUGUCAGUUAUCACUUCUGAGUACUGACCUCAUGUCUGUAAUAUUUUGCUCAUUUUGUGAUCUCUUCAUGUUGUAAUUUGUUCUUUAAUUAGUAGAACAAAUUUUUCUAAGGAAUUGAUUGAUUGUCUCAUGCAUAUCUGUAUUCGUGAAUUUCUUUAAUCUGGUUUUAUCUACUUUCUAUACACAAAUGCACUCGAUAUUCACUUUUACUGCACAUAUCUUCAUUGACUCACAUGACUUCUGUUAACAGUCUGUUAUAUAAUGUACAGUUUUAUCUGAACACCAAGAGAAGUUAAUUUGUAUUAUUGGUAACUUUAUUCUAUGUAGGGUGUUAGACUCAGCGUAAAGAAGGGAUAAUUUUUAUACAUAACUAUAUCUUUUAUCGCUGUUUUCUCUACUCCAUUACGGAGAUUAGUAAGCAAACUGCAAACGGGUUCCUUCUAUUCUUUCUAUCCGUUUCUCUUAAUCUCAAUUAUGCAAUAAUAAUCUUGUUUGUAAGUGUUGACGACCAUUACUAUCAUCACCACUAUUUUAUCGUUAUUUUCGUGGUUUUGCCAGACGUUUGACCAUCUUAUUCUUGUAUGGUUUUCCAUAUAAUUCACGCUUCUGUUCCUAUCAGUUUUAAUCUACAUUUUUUCUGUCAUCAUUGUUGUUUUUUGUGUUUUUGUCGGUCAUUAUUGGUGAAAUGAACAGUUGUUGUUAGUGGUGACAAAAAGUGGAACACUUUUAUGCUCAGUCUAAUGUUUGCUUAUAAUCGGAAUCUUUCAUAUCACAGUGAAAAUUCUUUUUCCUCUCCAUAUCUUUCAAACUACUAUCCACAGUGAUAUCAGUUGUAGUAGUGAGUUUGCUUUUGGUGUUUGUACUUGUUUUGGUUUUUUAAAGUUGUUGUAUAAUAAUAAUAGUAAUGAUUGUGUUAUAUAGUUAAGGAAUAGAAUUCCACAUUUUAAUGAAUUAUUUAUUUUUCCUUACGUUGAAUGUUAUAUGUUGUUUUACGAACUGAUUUUGGUAUUUGUCCUGCAGUGGAACAACAGGAAAUUUACUUUUUUCAUUCAUUUUCUAAUUUACCUUGAAAGUAAGAGCUAAUGUAUAGUUUAUUCAGUAGACAUGUUUGAGUGAUUCAAAGGUGGAAGGUGUUGGGAGAAAGUUGAACAGGGUUUUACAAACAGCACAUAUUACGCAAAUAUUGAAUUGUCUCUACUCAGUGUCAAAUUAAAAACAGAAAUACUCUAAGAAGGAUAGUUACCUGAAUAGUAAUCAUUUGUUGUUAAUGUUGUUGCAUCUCAUAUUUG